AUGAGGGAGCAGAUACCGCCCCAGAUACUGCUCUAUGGGCCUAAUUCAGUUGAAUGUGGAACACCAUAUUUUAAACCUCAGUUAGGGAGCAUAAGAAUAGUAGGUGGAAAUCGUGCAAAAAAUUUCACUUGGCCAUGGAUAGUACAGCUACGACUGAAUGAAAAACAUGAAUGCGGUGGAGCAAUUAUUGCUCCGAAUUGGAUUAUAACCGCCAAGCAUUGUUUUCUAUUAGUUAAUGAUGCAUCCAAGUGGACAAUUUAUGCUGGUAAGACCCACAAGUCUUUGCAAGAACCAGCAACACAACAAAAAAGACAAGCUGUCAAAAUCGUCGAUGCAAAAAGUCCUAACCACAUUCUUCACAAGGACAUCAGCUUAGUAAAAGUUGACAAGCCAUUCCAUUAUAACAAUUAUGUACGACCAAUAUGUCUGCCGACAAAGGAUGUAAAAGAAGGAGAUAUUUGUUUGGUCAAAGGUUGGGGAGAGACGCAAGGUACUGGCCAUGCAAAUGUACUAAAACAGACUAUAUUACCGAUUAAGGAUACAAAGAAAUGUAAUACAACCAUCAAUCCAGUUUUGAAAGGACAAAUAACAGAAAACAUGUUUUGUGCUGGACAUCAAGGUGGCGGACAUGACGCUUGUCAGGGUGAUAGUGGCGGACCAUUUGACUGCGUACAUUCCGAUAAAUGGUACCUUUCCGGUAUUGUGUCUUGGGGUAUAGGCUGUGCAGAGAAAAAUAUGCCUGGUGUGUUUGUUAAUGUGAUGAAUUUUGUAACCUGGAUCACCAGUACCUUAGCAUUAGAUUGACAUAGGUUGUCAAUACAACAUGUCUAUAUUUAGAUAUUAGUAUAUGUAGGCAAAUUUGUAAACUCGCAUUGUUUGGUGACUAUUACUUGCAUUAAUUCAAUAACCUUUUAGAAAACGAAAUACAAGCAAGAAAUAAAAUGUUUACCCUGAACACCCUGUAAGGAUCAUUUGAGAUUCGUAAUUCAAUGAUCAAA